AUGGCGCAGGUAAAUCCGGCAGAAAAAAAAGAUGAUAUUGAUAUCAAGGAGAAGGAGGAGGAGGAGAAGAAGGAAAGUGAAAGCUGUGGCACUUUCAAAUUCAAUGCGGCAGCACCGGAGUUUGUACCCAGAUCUCAUGCCCCGACCCAGGCUCCAAUAACCGGGUAUGUUUACCCGUCAAUUCAAUACACUGAUGGGAGUGGUGGGAGUUGGAUUUACGUUACCGAUCAAGAAACAAUCCCACAUUUGGUUGCUCCGAAUCCGAAUGAAAAGGGUCAUUCAGGACAGUCUCAUCAUCAUUCUAAGGAUGUACUUCCCGAUGAGCUUAGGCAAAAGAUCAUUAAACAGGUAGAAUACCAAUUAAGUGAUAUGAGCAUGAUAGCUAAUGAAGCCCUGGUCAAACAAGUGAAUAAAGAUCCCGAAGGCUUUGUUCCAAUAGCUGUUGUUGCAUCUACAAAGAAACUCAAAUCCCUCAACAUUAGCCAUCAAUUGGUGGCGCAAGCUCUUCGAUCCUCUUCAAAGCUGAUUGUGAGCGAUGAUAGUAAGAAGGUAAAACGUAAAAAUCCCUUCACGGAUAAAGACAAAGAGGAGCUGCAGUUUGUGCUUAUUGAUGUACCCUUCUUCUUUCCCUUUCUUUUGAAGCUCCAUGCACUAAUAGAGUACGAGAAAACCGAAACAGCAGAGAGAGCAGCCGAGAAAUUAAACGAUGAAAGAAAUUGGAGAAAAGGCUUGCGUGUGAGGUGCCUGCUGAGGCGUUCGCCAAAGUCCGUGCUCAAGAACAGGAAGGCAGAUUUCGAUGGCUAUUUAGAUGAUGAUGAAGGACCUGCCCUUGAACCACAAGAAGACUCCCCUCAUCAAAAUACCUCGGGAUCAGUUGAGAUUGAAGAAACUUCCAUUGGGUCGAAGCAAACUUGGGCUAGAGGUCGAGGGAAAUCUAGGCAACGGAUUCAACUUCACAGCACGCGCAGCCUACCUACUCAAUCCUCUCACCUGGGCAGCUCGUUCCUGGGUGAAGUAUCUUCGAGACAGACUGCAAAAGGACCGAGAAUGCCAGAUGGAACCCGGGGUUUCACUAUGGGCAGAGGGAAGCCAAUUAUUGUCCCUGUCUAA